GGACAGUGAGGAGGAGUCGGAUCUGUUUUUUCAAACUUGUUGCCUCGCAGGUUUUUCUCGAUGUGUAACUCUCGUAAUGCUGGAAUUCAAAGUGAAAAAGUAGAUUUUUGGCAUUAAGGUGAUGUACAGAGGUUUUUAAAGGCCUUUACAGACUUCGGUUCCUGUCAGGUAAUUAAUUCUCACUUUGUCUCAUAUUCUUGUUAUGUUUAAAGAUCGAUCCUUUCGUUUAUUUAUUAAGUUUUGUUCUACAGAGUGGGAUAUCUCAGCUGGAGGUCAUCAGUGAAAUAUAAAAAAUUAGUUAAGUAAUCUUCGUCCAUAACAUUCUUGUUUCGUUUCGAGAUAUUUAAUUUUUCUUUAUAACCUUUCUCUAAAAGAUAAGUUAAUCAGUCAGACUGGAUAUCAUGUCUGCAGUUGGAGGUUGUUUUAGUUUUAAUCAAACUCACACUGUGGUACUUUAUGCUCAGAGUCAUACUGUGGGAUUCCCUCUUCUGUCGGUGAUGUAAUCAUUAAGGAAUUACUGCUAUGUAAAUUACAUAAUAACCCGAUCGACGACCUGAUCCGAUCGAUCAUUAAUCGGGAUAAAGUGAGUUUACAGAUCUACACAUUACGUGCCUAAUGAUAGUUUAAUAACUGAUCGAUAUUCUUAGCAAAAAGUCAGCUCUCAUGUUUUGGCGGAUAUGAUGGAAGUGAAAAAAACUCCACUACCCAUGAUGCCUCUCGACACACCCAGCCCCCAACUCUGAUGGUUUUGGCGUAAAACUUAAAUCACAGGCGGGAGAGUAGCCGGUUCAGCUAGCGAAGAAACAACAUCGGAGCAUGUAGGCAGAGUGAAAAUCGACUGAAAAAGUUUAAAUAUUCUCACGUUAUCUUUACGAACUGUUUAAUAUUUAAUCGUAAUUUCGGUCGAAGAAGAGGCGGGAAAAGGACAGAAUCAUCGACGACGACGAUUUCUCCUAAAGUGAGCGGAGAUUCAACAGGUCUGUGUCUGUUUCAUCAAACUUUUUCACCAAAGAGAGAGUAAACCGUCUAAACUAGUACUUUACCAGAUUAUUCCAACCAGUCUAAGGUAAUCGAGAUCAUUUAACCCGUCCAGUUUAGUAAUUCUGUUCAAUAUUCCCUCUUAAAUGACUGUAACCCCCACAGUUACAGAGAAGAGGCCGCAGAGGGAAUAAAAACACGAACUAAACCUUUUUUUCUUUUUCAACAUGUUUAAAGUUUACGGUUUGAUGGUUUGUUAGUUUCUGUUUGACUUUAGUUUCAAUUUCAGAUCCUUACAAUCAGCCUUUAAUGCUCAUUUUUACUUCAGGACAUGUUUUUAUUUGAGUUUUACUUUCAGUGUUUGAGUAAACUGUGUAAUAAUGUAGUAAAGCUGUCAGGGAUGAGAGGAGCAGAAAUGUAAGAAAAUCUAAAGAUCAGGUCAUUUAGAGAAUUUACUCACGAGAUGAGUAAUCACAACCAUGCACUAAUAUUAUAUACAUGAUAUAAAAAUAAGAUGGUAUAGCUGAUCAGACUCUUUUUUUAAUUGUUUGUAUUUAUAUUUAUUUAUUUGUCACAGAUUAAAAAGAGUGUAAGGAGGAAACGAAGCCGACAUAGACAGGUUACGGAAAUAAAAUGAUUAGGGAAAGGUCAGACAGAUACAAACUGCCAUAAAUGGAACGCAGACUGAUCAUCAAACAGUCAUAAAGACAAUAUAAGUUUUUAACAAAUAAUGAUGUAUUUAAGACGUGAUCAGAUGAGAUUUUAAUGAUAUUUUAAAGGAGCUGAGGGAUGACCUCUAAAGUGAUGUUGGACUGAUGAGUGGAAGUUCGACAUGAAGGUAACUGAAGAUGACCAUUUUGUCUUGUUGAGUACGGGUGAAAAUCGGAGGAAAAGGUAAAAAAGUUUCAGGAAGGUCUUGUUUGUUAUUUAGUUUAUGUGUGAAAAUGGUCAAUUAUGUUUUACAAUGAUCACAAGUCCUCAAAAUGUCCCCAGUGUCCAAACUUCAUGAAACUUCCGUCACUGAGAGCUGAAAGAGGACAGAAAACAAACAAACACGUCAAUACGAUCUCUAAUUCACAGUCAAAAUCAUUAAAGAUAACGAAGGGAUUAAAAUUUUUAAAAAGUAUUAAUGUCGUUAUAGAUCCUCAAUAAAGAAUUUAGUUAAAAUCUGAUUUACACUUAAUACUGAGUGACGACAUUUCAUGAGAUUUUUGUGUCAAUCAUCUCACACUUUCAUUCUUCUCCUGUAUCUCAGUCCUUCACUGAGAAACGUAUCAUGGAAAACAGUUAAAUCAGAUUGAGUCAGUUUAACUCUUUUUACCUUCCUCCACAGACUGAAGAUGAUCAUGAAGGGACAGAAGCGUAAGCUCCCUCCGGAGGACAUGGAGGACAGGAGCAGCCACUUCUGGGAGAGUCAGCGCCAGUUUGUGUUCUCAGUUUCCCUGAACAAGUAUCAGCGAAGUCAGGAGCUACCUGAACCCAGCCUGCGGAGGUCUGUUCUCAUAGCAAACACGCUGCGGCAGGUCAGUCUGGAGGCGUCUAGAGCGCCCUCUGUAGACUGGGAGGUGUCUCAAUCACAUUACAGCUCCCCAAGCAGCCUCUUAGCUCUCUCCAGCGUCCCUCUGGUUCCUCUUAGUAACAUGUCAAAUUGUGCCACAAACGUCCACCUACCUGUGAAAGAUGAAGAUGAAGACUGGGGAUCGAUGUCCAUGGACUCGGAUUUCUCCCUUUCAGCUUCCAUCUCCUCGAUCCUCACCGCACUAGACUCUACCAUGGAUGCAGGUCCACGGACACCCCUCAGGUCUUUGGAGAACCUGUCGGCACCCUUUGAGGGUGGUGUGGCGGGGAUGAGGCGAGGAGUCGGAGAGUGUGGGGAUCAACAGGGAGAGUGUAGAGCAGGGUCUAGCUACCUCACUGACCUGACUGUCGAGGAUCUAUUUCAGGACAUAGACACGUCCCUGCUGGAGAAGGAUAUGUGUGUGCUCGGGCUCCGUGGAGGUGCAAGUGUCGCCAGCGAUGAGCUUCUGCGCUAUCUCCCACCUUUGUCGUCUGUCUCCGCCUCACAGCCUUUCCCUUUCUCUCUGAACCAGAACUUCAAGUGCCUGCCUUCGUUCUCCUCCUUCAGCCCUUCCUCAUCCUCUUCUUCACCUCCUCUUUCUCCGCCCUUCUCUGCUCAAAAUCAUGUCAAAGAAGGAUUUGAGCUGGAGCACCUCAUGGAGAUUCUGGUGGAGUCCUGAUAUCCUCACCUUCGUCCGGACAGAAAGUGAAUUCUCAAAGGACGAGGCAGCACAGGUCGUUGUUGUUGGACCCUCAGUUAGUUAUUUUUUACACCCUGCUCACAGAAUACGGUCUAUGAAGUGCUGCUGAAACUUAGAAAUGGUUAACGUCUCUGUUUGGUAUGUUCAGAGGUUUUCAUGAGCUGAAGUGUACGUGACUUUUUUUGUCUACAUGAAGGUUUUUGUACUCUGGCAAAAUUGGCGGUCAAAAAUGGUAAAAACAGGAGGCCGAACAUGUCUGUAAGUUCCCCUCUCGGUGACUCAGCCUUGAGUCAGAGCAUGAAAAAGGAAUUUACUACAGUUUCCUGUGUGACUCAUCUGGAGGAGGUGCUUGAUAAGAGCUGCAGCAGCAGAGAGAGGACUGCUGCAGAGUUACCUUUAAAAUAUCAAAUGCAUCACAGCUUCAUGUAAUUUUGAGUUCACGCUGAACAGAUCGACUGUUACAGGCAGCUGUGAUACAUCUGAUUAGCUUUUAGGGGAGAAAUGGUUAAAUUCCUCUUUUUGAGUCUAAAUAUUUGAAGUUUAAUGGAGACUGUGACCUGGCUGAUGUUUGGAACACUACUAUUUUAGGUCUCAUCUUCUGUGAAGAAAUCCUUUAACCUCGUUUUUAUGAUCAGGUUUUAAAGUGAGAAGAAACUCCAGAUCAGAUCAGGUCAGGAUUUCCAGAGCAGCACAAAGGAAAAACCCGAACCCUCAAUCAAGUACUGAUCCACAUUUAUUACAGCAGGUCGUUAGGUUUAAGUUUCAGUUACAAGAGAUUUCAGGUCUUACAUUUUGGAAAGAGAAUAUUUCUUUUUUAUGUCCUUUAUUUUAUCAUAACUGAACAUUUUUAUAUUAUCAUUAAGCAAAGGGAGAAAACCACCUUUACAAUGACUCACCUGAUGAAGCAUGUCCAGUUCAGUAAGUGUUCAGAAACUCUGUAACAGUCCGUCAGGUUAGAGGACUACCUGCAGAGUCGAUGUUCAAAAGCAUUUAGUGAAUAUUUCAUCUGUUUGAGUCACAGAAACCAUCCAGACCUCCUGCAGCAGUCUCUGUCACAGUGACGGGAUCGGUCUGCCCUCGGUUUGGAUCAGCUUUGUGGUUUUAGCUCCACUAAGGCUGGAUGCUUCUGACUUCCAACUUGUGAACACUAUUCACACAUCGUGUUAGAGGCGUGAGAGUUCACGUGUUAACUUCAGAUUGAAAGCACUUUUUAAAUAAUCUGCAUUUUUCACGUCAACACGCGCUCUGAGUUUUCUUCUGAGUUUAGUGCGCAGAGGUGACGUCACGUAUCGCUCAGAAGAAGAACGUGGAGGCGUGUUUGAUAUUCAACAGUGAAAUCUUCUACCUGAUGAAUUGUUUGAAGAAGCACAUGUGAUGAUGAUGAUGAGGAGGAGGAGGAAGACUUGUUGGUCAGACUUUUGUUUGUUUUAUUGUUUGUGGAUCGAAGUUGCUCUCUAUGCAAAGGUCUGCUAAACAGCCGGGCUUCAGUCCCGAACUGUUUAAAGGUGCUUUUCCAUUCUUCACAGUUCAAUGAUGAUGUAUUUAUGUAUUGUAUUAACUUUGUAUUAAGUUAGGUUUUAAAAUUGUUAUUUUUUAUUUUGGACUUUUCUCUUAAAAAAAAAAAAGGUGACUGUCUGUUCACUUAAACUGAUUUAUAAUAAAAUAUAAAAAUAAA